CUUAAUAUGAGGAUAAUGAAGUCCCUCCACCCCCCCAAGUCAUCUCCCACUCCGCCACCCCCUCCUGCUCUGAGCUGGCAUGCAUACCCCCUCUCCUCUAUAAAAGUCUGCCAAGCGUUCCUCCUGUUAGAACUCUUCCUCACGACAGCCCCCGACCAGCUCCUCGUCCUCCUCCUCAUCAUGCUGUCUCUUCGCUCUCGCUCUUCCCUGCGACUCACCUUGGUGUGCAGUGCCCUAGCCCUGCUGCUCUCCUGCCAACGCACCAACGCCUGGUACAAGCAGUCCACCGGCCCCAGCUAUUACUCGGUGGGGAGAGCGUCGGGGCUGCUUUCUGGCAUCCGAAGAUCUCCAGACAUACGACGUUCAGAGCCCGAAAAUGCAGGGGACAGCGCGGAGAACAUGGAAGACAACUUCUUGAACAACUUCGGCAGCCAACGGCAAGGGGCGCUACUCAAAAGUAUGGCUCUGUGCGUAAAAGACGUAUCCCCGAACCUCCACAGCUGCGAGCUGCUGCCAGACACCUCCAGCACCUUCCAGUGCAAAGCUCAGAUUUACCUUUCACUGGACAGCUCCGACUGUCUCAAUCCCUGACCCUAGAGACUUGCCAUGCACCCCUUUCCUUAAUUCUGCAGGACCCCUGACCCUUUAGAUUGGGGGCCAGACCUUUGUGUAGAUUUGUACCUGAUUAAAUGGUUCAAUAAAUAAACUCUGUAAAUGGAUGACUCGC